AUGAAAGAUCACAUAAAACUAUUUUUCAUUGUAAUUACAGUUUUUUCAUUAGUUUUGGGUGAACGAACUAUUGAAAAGACCAUCAGUGAUGUAUUAGAUAAUGAAAAGGUGUUAUCUGACAGAUGUAAACAAGAUUUGAAAGUUCUUUUACAGCGACUACAAAGUAACGAAAAAGACACUUGGGCGAAUAAAAUGAUAGAGGCAACAUCCAGAAUAGCUAUGGGAGAAUCUUCUUAUGAUUAUGGAGACAUGGGUCAUUUUGAAGAAUGUGUCAAUUUGCGAUCUAGAGAAGAUCACAUUAAAGGAAAAUACUGUAUUGCAGAUAUUUCUUAUAAAUUCGUAAAUUUCACAGGACAUUCACAGAUCCCCACAAAAGACCUGACAAUUAGAAUUACUGGUGGAAUGCAUUUACUCAGAUUUCCAGUACGGGGUAUGUGUCUGCCCAGUAAUUGUUCAGAUUCGGAUGCCGGUUAUUUAAUGAAUCAAUUGCAACAUCCCAAUACUACUGUGAGGUAUUUUGUGUGUCAAACCGAAGAGGAAGUUUAUGAGCCAUUAGAUAGCAAUGCGUACUUGGGCAUAUCUAUACUGGCCGUUAUUGGUGUAAUUGUUAUUCUUGCAACUUUAUACGAUAUGUAUUGGCAGAACUACAAGCAAAAAAAUGGUGCACGCGGUUUGGUAGCUUUUUCCAUAUACACCAAUGGCAAAAAACUCUUCCAAACAAGUAAUCGAGUAUCAUCUCUCGAUUGUUUAGAUGGUAUUAGAGUUAUGAGUAUGAUAUGGGUUAUGGCUUUUCACGUAUAUGUAAAAUACAUAGCAUCCUAUAUAUUUAAUUCAAAAGAGUCAAUACAGAUUACUGGAAGUAUCUUAGGAACUUUAUUCGCCACUGGACAUUUAGCUUGUGAUGCUCUUUUUUUGAUUGGAGGCACUUUAGUUACUUAUGUAUAUUUUUCUAAGACCAAAGAUGGAGACUUAACCUCUUAUACUAUUAUAAAACACUACCUUCACAGGUAUAUAAGGCUAACCCCAGCGCUGAUUGGAGUGAUAAUAGUAACAGCCACUCUUUUAAAAUAUACGGGUUCGGGCCCAAAAUGGCCGCUAAUAAAUAGUGUAAGCCAAGAAGGAUGUCAAAAAUAUUGGUGGUCUACUAUACUUUAUAUUCAUAAUGAAAUGUAUUUGGAUAACAUGUGUAUAGCACAUACUUGGUACCUAUCCGUAGACACACAGCUAUACCUACUAUCACCCCUGAUAUUUUACAUGCUUAAAAAGCAUACAAAGUUGACAGUAGUAUGUUUAGUUCUUGGAAUAUUAGCGUCAACAGCUGUGACAUUUGUAAGAGGUUAUAGAGAUGAUAUGCCUGAAGUCACCAACAGGUACUAUCAAAACACGCCCAUAAUAUUUCUUAUGUUCUACUAUUAUCUAAGUACCGAAUCUAGAGCUACACCUUGGCUUAUGGGAACGAUUUUGGGAUAUUUUCUUACCAGGCCACGGUUUAUAUUAAAACCAUUACCUAGGAUACUCCUGAUUCCUACGUGGAUAAUAUGUUUUGCUGUACUGUUGCUAUGCGGUCUUGGAAACCAUCCUUUCUUCAGAGAGGAAGAAUACUCCAGAUUAGAGAACGCGUUGUUUAGUUCUCUCGUUAGGCCCGCUUUUGCACUGGCAGUUGGGUGGGUAAUAUGGGCAUGCGCAACAAACCAUGCAGGAAUUAUCAACAGGAUACUGUCGUGGUCCGUAUUUCAGUUUAUUAACAAAUUCAUCUACAGUAUGUACCUGAUUCAUCCUAUCUUUUUGGACGUUUUGGCAUAUUCACAAAAAUCUGUGAUAGUGUUUAGUAUAUUUAACAUGAUAUACUGGUUCUGGGGUGUAUUUAUGCUUAUGUUGUCAGCUUCAUUUGUAUGGGUCCUAGUGUUUGAAAUUCCACCAGUAAUUCUGGAGAGGCUUGCUUUUGCGAAAAUAGAAUCAAAAUUGAAGUCCAAGGAGGAGAAGCUUAUCGAAGUAUCUGCGAGUACAACAAAUUAA